UGUUACGAAAUGGGAAACAGCAGUUCUUUAAUGUUACGAGAUGAGGAGAUUGAGGAAAUAAUGAGUGAAACAGAAUUUAACAGAAAUCAAAUUGUCCGACUCUACAGCCGAUUUUUAUCACUUGAUAAAAAAGGACAGGGAUUUCUUUCACGAGACGAUUUUUUGAAUGUUCCCGAGUUGGCUGUGAAUCCUCUUGGUGAUCGAAUCGUAGAUGCCUUUUUCACAUUAGCUUCUUCAAACGGUGACAACGAAGAGCAACAGUUGAACUUUCGUCAAUUUGUUCGAAUUCUUGCACACUUUCAACCGAUUUCAAGAGUAAAGAAAAAUGCUCUCAACUCGAGAAAAGACAAAUUGCUUUUUGCGUUCAAAAUGUACGAUUUAAAUAAAAACGACUACAUCACACGUGAAGAAUUCAAAGUCAUUCUGAACAGUAUGGUUGGUGCCAAUAUAACUUCUGAUCAACUCGACAAGAUUGCUGAUCGAACGAUUGAGGAAGCUGAUGCAGAUCGUGAUGGAAAAAUUUCUUUUGAUGAGUUUUGUCGAGCAAUGGAAAAAACUGAUAUUGAGGAGAAGAUGUCGAUUCGAUUCCUAAACUAAGCUUUUACAAGAAAUUCCCCUGCUAGUCUCGUUUUCAGUUUGCCAUUUUCUCUUACCUGUACAUAAUUUUUGUCACUUCUCACCAUUUUGCCUUGAAGACACAAACUAUCUCAGAAGUUGUUUAUCAAUUUUCGUGUGAAAUCAAAAUUGACAAAGAAAAAUGAAUGUUUUAUCAGUUU